AUGGUAGCCAGGCUGGACUUUCAGGAGGACAUGGAGCAGACCCUACCCCCACCCUCGAAAAGGCUCGGACCCAGCCCCUCGAAAGGGGAGGGGCUGAUUGCUAAGCGACAAGGAUGCGCUCGAGGUUUGCUGGCGGAAGAAGCUGAGCUGGCGGAAGCACCGUGGUGGACGCGGGAUAGACGGAAGGCCUGGUCCCUGAUAGCCGGGCUGCCAUUGGUUCCCAAAGCUCUACCUACAGCUUCCAACUCCCCUGAGCUGUUGGAGGAGUCCAGGCCAUCCAGUUCAGAAACCUCUUUCCCAGCCAGCACCUCUCAGGGACAGAUGAUUUCCCCACUACCCACACCAGUGCCAUUUGACAGCGAGGACUCCGUGGUGGCAAAGUACAUAAACCGGUUCCGUCAGGCUCCGCCCACAAGCCAAGAGGAGCGCCAUCUUGCAGGCCUAACCCCAGCCGACUUUUGGUGGCUAAGGUCCGAGUCUCCAGUUCCCAGUGGUCAACUCACAGCAGGGACCAAGAAACAGGAAAGAAGACCCAGCAAAACAGUCCCAACUCCUGACAAGGUGACCAGCAUAUCCCAGGCUAUGGACCCCCUUCAGGAAAGAAAGAGCCUCAACACAUGGGAGUCUCCCCUGCUGGACCUGGAGACGCUGAGCCUGCAGAGCAGAGCAGCCAGAAUGCUGAAACGCAGCAAGGCCUUGAUCUCCUCCUCCCUUAGCCCGAGUGAUACCAGCAGUGCCUCCUUCCCUGUUAGUUCUGAAGACCUCUCACCCCUCUCCGGGACCUUUACCCCCGGCUCUAGCCAGGACACUGGUCCCAGGGCACCCGCAGCCCCCACCGCCGCAGCAGCCCCUACUCUGGCACCAGCCUCCACCCCAGUUCUGGCUCCAGUUUCCUCGAGGGCACCCCUGCGACCAGAAGAUGAUAUUUUGUACCAGUGGCGACAGAGGAGAAAACUUGAACAGGCUCAAGGGAGCAAGGGUGAUGGACCCUGGGUUUUGUCCAAAACCCCAGUGCUCACCAUGCCGACCACUCCUGCACCUCCGGAGACCCUUGGUCCCCUUGGGACUCCCCCUAAUUGUGCCCCUCAGUGGGGCAGUGGGGCCCAGCUGCUUCCUGCAGAGGCAUUCAGUGUGAUGAGGGCCCCUGGUCCCCCGGGGCCCUCUCCACACAUGCUCUGGGCUCCUGUCCCCCACGGGUUCUUCUGGGCCCCCCAGCCUAGCCCCCACCCCUGGGUACCACUUGCAGCCAUUUCUUCAACUCCAGCACCCUCCACAAUCCGCCCAAACCAGCCAGUCCCAGUGCCCUGGAAUUCCGCCCAGGCCAAUAGGCAAGAACCUAAGCCUUGGAGAGGUAGAACCCUAUGCCAGGAACCUGCUGGGCAGCGGGGGGCCACUUCUAGCCAGGAACCUGAAUCACAGCUCAGAGGCGCCUUGGGCGAAGUAGUGCUGGCCCGGCUAUUCCCGGACACCUUGGAGGACACGCCCCCUCUCCGGGAGGCCUCGCCUCGGCCCCGGGUUGAUAAUGUGAAGGAGAAGGUCCAGUCUCCUUGCACAGAGGCCGGGUCCCCUUCCAAAACACUGUUUUCUUCUGCUGAGAACUCUGGUCAGUCGAAGACCAAGCCUAGGAAAACCAGAGCUCCGCCCAGCCAAGCAGAGGCAGAGCCGGGGAAGCAAAAAUCCGUACAGUCAGCGGCUGUCACAGAGCCUCCCCAGGCCCCGCCCCCUCGACUGGAGGUGGGGUCUCGCCAGGCUUUGUCCGAGGCCACGCCCGCCGCUGUCGGUGCUGCUCCGGAGGACCUGCUCUCCCAGGCAGCGCGCCUCCUGGAGGCAGCUGAAGAUUCGGAUGGCAGUGAGUUCCAGGACGACCCUGUGCUGCAGGUGUUAAGGGCGCAGAGGGAGGAACUGCAGCGACAGAAAAGGAAAGUGGAUUCUAGAUUAUCCUACUUACUGGACCAAAUCAAGGACGGAGAACCUUGGUCCCCUGCCAAGGAGCCGCUACCCAGAUCCCCACGGAAACUGCUGUGA